ACAAUGGGCUGCCGGUGUAAAACGUUCGUAGAUGACACCUUAACGAAAUUAUUUUACAAGUUGGGUUUACAAGUCGGCAGAACUCCAGGCUAUUUCAUUAUUAUACCCAUCCUACUCACGCUAUUGUGCAUCACAGGAUACCAAAGAAUACAGUAUGAAAUGGACCCUGAAUACCUGUUUAGUCCGGAGGAGGGCCCGGGAAAGACAGAGAGGGCAAUCGUUGAACAUUAUUUCAAGAUGAAUUACAGUAGUAGAUUCAAUCCAACGCGAAUUACUCGGGCUGGGCGUUUCGGGCGUGUGAUCGUGAUACCACGUGACGGCGGCGACAACCUGUUGUCCGUGGAGGCGUGGAGGGAGUUGAGAGAUCUGGACGCCAUUUGUGAGAAAUGCAAGCAUAGUGUUUGGGGAGGACAGAAUCAGCUACAGAUAUGACGACAUAUGCGCCAAAUGGGUCGACCACUGUUUCGAGAACGACAUACUCAAUUUGGAUCUUAUCAUGGAUGAGGUAGUGAAUCGAACCCUGAACCUGACCUUCCCGAUAAUGUUCAACCCGAUCACUUGGGACGCGCACACGUUUCCGGUCUACUUUGGGGGGACAGUGGUCAGUGAUGAUGGUCUCAUAGUCAGUGUACCCUCUCU